UGUCUUUCAGUUCUCAAGUUGUUGUGCGCGUGCGUUGGUCGUCUUCGGCUUUUUGUCAACGGUAUUAAGGCAGAGUGAGGUUGGUUCGACGAACAUCGCGUUGCAUUUUGUGGUACAUUGAGAGAAAGAAAAGCAAUCGUUGUAAAUGAAAAUGGUUGAUAAAAUUGAAAUGAGUCUCGACGACAUAAUCAAGCAGAAUAAAGGUAAUAGAACUCGUGGCGGACCGAGGCGAGGACGCGGAGCCGGGACUUCUCCUCGUCGUGGAAUUCGCGGCGCUACGCGAGCAGGAGGCGGCGUCAUGCGAGGACGAAAUCGAGGCGGCAUCACUCGAAGUUCCGCUGCUUACACCAGAGGAGAUGUAAACAGUGCGUGGAAACAUGACAUGUUUGAUGGAGUCAAAAAAGUUGGCCGUGGUGCCAUUGGUGGCACUGGAGUUACCAAACUUCUGGUUUCGAACCUAGACUUUGGUGUCUCAGACUCUGACAUUCAGGAACUGUUUAGCGAGUUUGGUCCCCUAAAAUCAGCCGCAGUGCAUUACGACAGAUCGGGCCGUUCUUUGGGCUCUGCAGAUGUAAUUUUUGAAAGAAGAGCCGAUGCAAUUAAGGCAAUGAAACAAUACAAUGGAGUACCUCUCGAUGGCCGUGAAAUGAAUAUCCAGGUGGCAACGUCGGAAAUUCCUGUUCCAACAUCAAUCCGAGGUGGUUCGAGGAUCGGCGGUAACACCUACACACAGCGACCGCAGACACGUUUCCGGGGCACUCGUGGUACCGGUUCUGCCAGAGGUCGUGGAACGGCUCGACGUGGCGGAGGUCGUGGGAGCGGUAAUCGCACCCAGACGAAGACGCCCACGGCAGAGGAAUUGGACGCCGAAUUGGAAGCUUACGUGAAAGAAGUGAAGUAACGACCUCAGAGCGACUUAAACGAAAAGAAGCGACGCGUUUACUCCCUUACUUUUGAAGAAAAACCAAAAAAAAUAUAUAUAUACGUAAUAAAAAAAGAAAAUACGAAUAGCCGCGAAUUCUUACUUAAAAAUCACCUACAAUAUAGUAAAUCGUGUGAUACGAUAUCAAGAGGACAAAGAAAAUCAGAAUGGAAUAAUCAAUUUCGCGAAUCUCCGUGUUUCCGCACGGAUAAAUCCUUGACAAAGAAAAUUUGUUUUUAUUAAUGGACGUUUACCCGCUAAGUAAUAGAAGAACUCAUAAAAGUGAAGCGUUGCAAAAGAAAUAAAGUUACGAAUUAGUUGCUUAGGGACACGACUAGCGUGUAAUACAAUCUAAUAAAAAAAAAAGAGGAAAAAAAGUACAUAAACAGAAAAUACUUUGAAGUGUGUAGCGUACAGGAAUGUUAGUGCUAUGAAGAGAGAGAGCGAGAGAGAGAAAGAGAAUUCUGCAUGAGAGGAUGAAAGGGCAACACGAGUAAAAACAGUGAACUAAUAAUACAUUUCCUAGAAAUAACUUAGUUACGUCUUUAUUUGUUUUUUUUUUGUAAUUAUGCAUACGCCAUUAACAAAUGCGCGUUACCAUGUAACAUUUAACAAUUCCCCCAACCAUUUUGAAAGUUCAGAGUGAGAACAUGCAUAAAAUUACGUUGGGGGGGUGGCAUGAAUUUGGGAGUGACAAAAAAAUGACGGAUGUAUCAAAUUUUUUGUAUGUAAUGAACCAUACUGUGCGUGUGCGACAACACGAACCAACAAAUACACCAAGAUUCAUCUCGAA